AUGUAUGUGAAAUGGUUUGAUACAGUAAUGUUAUACUAUGAGAUUUUAGUAAAUGUCACUUUUUGUCAUUUUCAAAUUUCCUGCCGUUCCGUGCCCCGUAUGUCCCGACGCUCGCAGGGGACGGAACCCAGAUGACAGAUGCCGGCAUCCGCCGGAUUACAUUGCCGGGGACACUGCAGGAGGGACAUCGCGGGAGCGCAGGACAAGGUAAGUGAUCGAGGGAUCCCGGAGCAGCGCUGCAGGGUAUUCCCGAGUGUAACUCGGGGUUACCGCUUGUGCUACACUCGGGAAUACCGCCAGGGAGGU